AUGCAGCACCUCAUGAAGAAGUUCGUGCAGUCGUCGCUGGACGGCCUGCCACCGCGCCACGACGCCGAGCCCAAGCGGCCGCCCGAGCCGACGGGCCUCGUAACGCCGCCCCGCAUCCCGACGCCACCGACCUCGGGCAGCCGGCGCCACGUGGCCAAGGCCGACGUCACGACCGCGAUCGAGGGCUUCCAGUACGCGAUGCUGCUGGCGGAGCGCAAGGCGUCGUUGACCAAGCUCCAGGCGCUCUGGGACACGGCCGAGAUCCUCGACGAGUACCAUGCGCUUCUGCUGCCCGUCUUGCUGAACGCGCUCGUGACGGACCCGCGCGACACGGAGCUCAUGGAGGCGAUGCUCGAGCUCAUGCAGGCGCUCAUGACCAUGCGGCCGGUCAAUGCGACGCUGCUUCUGAACGAGCCGAAUGCGCUGCGGGAGAUUCUCAACCUCAUGACCGAUCCGUCGCCGUGGAUUCGAGGCCCGACCGUGCAGCUCAUCAAGCGUGUCCAAGAUGGCGACGUCCAGAGCUUUGCGUCUCACAUCCUCGACUGCCACGAAGGGCUGCGGCUACUGCUCGACGUCGUCGAAGACAAGCGAGAGCAUAUUCGUGACACAGCCAUCCAAAUUUUGUUGCAUCUCAUCACGAACCAAAGCACCAUGGCCCAGCGCCACAUCCAGCAGUUCCUGGCUUUUGAGGACGGCUUUGCCCGCUUGUUUCAAAUUGUCGACCUCGAACUUGAGGGGCACGGCUGCGACAGUGCGGUUUUAGUCGACUGCCUCCAAGUGCUCUACCACAUGGUCCACGACAACGUCAACUCGCAGUACCUAUUGUGCCAAACGCCCUUCAUUGCCGCGCUCUUCCCGCUGCUACUAACGGCGCCCCUUGCGCUGGAAGACGCCGACGAGGACGCGCCGACGCCCGCCAUUGACUGGACGCUGCGGCUUCUGCAUGCGCUCAUUGGGCCCGUGUUUCAAGACAUGACGGACUUGGACGAACUGGCCCAGCGCGACCAGGUCAAGCGAAAUGCAGAUAUCCCGAGCCUCCAGAGCUACUUGGCCCAACAGCCCGAUGUGAUCUCGGCGGUCGCCGAGCUUGCGGCCUUUGGCACAACAGCCGACCGCGUCGCCGCCUGCAAGCUGCUGGAAGCAUUUGCGAGAGACCACGAAGGGAACCAGCUGCUCUUGUUGACGCUACCGCUGCGCGAGUCGGCGUACUUUGUGUCGUCCUUGCUGCGUCUCGAUCUGCACCACGAAGAGACGGCGCUGAGCGUGGCGGCGACACGGCUUGUGAGCACGAUAUGGAGUUCGCCGCUCGUGAAAAUCUCACUUUUGCAGCACAUUGCAGCGCCGCCCCACCACGAAAGCGGUCCGAUCACGCCGAUUGGCCAAGAACUCAUUGAUAUUCUGGAGUCGACGAUUGAUGCCAUUCUCGAUGGCACCACGACGGCCACGAUCGAGCUCACGACCCGCGACGCCAUCAAGGUGGCGUGGAAGGCCAUGGCCCGAUGGCGGCAACUCAUUGAUACGGCCGAGUGCCGCGAGUUUGCGCUGCGCAUUCCGAUGGUGGCCAACACGGUCGCGGUGCCGGGCGGACUCUUCCUCAACAAGUGGCUCCACUGGCUCUGCAAAGGGGCUGUCGCCCCCGUCUCCAAGGCCCAGUACCCUCUCUGCGUCGGUUUGUUUCGCGUGCUUCUCGCGUCGAUCGUGCAGUGCCCACGCGCUGUCGCCGAGGUGGCGAGCUCGGUGCCGACGCUGACCUUCUUCUUCGACUGGGCCCGGUCGUCGUCCUCCGUCGAGAGCGCAGACGUCGAGCUCACGGGCCUUUCCGCAGCGGGCAUGGGCAAAAAGCAAUUUCUCAACUUGGUGACGGACCGCGUCGGGCUCCAGCGGCUCACCGACUGCUUUACGCUGCUCCAACAAAGCGAUGCACUGAGCAGUGCGCGGCGCCCCGAUGGUUUCGCCUACCCGCUCUACGACAAGCCGUUCGGGACGCUCUUCAAGCACAUUGCAGAAAAGACGCGGAGUGCCAUCUUGAGCGCCUACAUGGGCGACUCGUCCGACGAAGAUAGCUCGGCGCGGGCGUACCAAGAUCUUAUUCGUAUGCAAGAUGCGCAGCUCACGGAGCUCCGACGCGAGCUUGAAGCCAAGAUUCCCGCCCCUUCGGUCGCCCUCGACGAGGCCCGUGCCCAGAUCGACGAGCUGCGGCGCCAACAGGAAGCAAGUGACACGCGCUUCCGCGGGCUCCGCCACGCGUUCGACCACGUGGAGGCCGAACUCGCUGAGAAGGAGAAGGAGCUCGCAUUGCUGCGGGGGCACGCCCCUGAGGCCCCUCACGCUCCUGCCGCGCCAUCCCAGGCCGCUCGGUCCGUCGCGGACGAGGAGUCGUCGCUUCUGCAGCUGCAGCUCCAGUCGACGAUCGCACGCCUCGAGCGGCAGUGCGCUGAGAAGGACGACGAGCUCGCGGCGCAGCAAGCUAUGAUCGACCGUCUCACGGCCCACAAGGCCGUCCUCGACGCCAAGCAAGCACCCGAAACGGACCACUUAGCAGCUGCACACGCCAAGAUGGACGAGAUGAAGGCCGCGCACACGGCAACGGUUGCGUCGCUCGUUGUGCAGCACGAGCAAGCGCUUCAGCAGCUCCGCGCUGACUGUGAUCUGCGGCUCCAAGAGGAGCUUCGGAGCCAAGGGACUGCGCACCAUGAAUCGACAGAGACGCUGCACUCGUCGUUGGAGUCGCUCGAGCUCGAAAAGGAGACGAUGGCAGCCGAACUCGACCGGCUCCGUACCGAGGUGGUCCAGUUGACGACGACGAAGGACGAGGCGAUCGCGUCGCUCCAAUCUCAAAUUGACGAGCUUCGAGCGGCGCCCACCGAGACGACGAUCGAGAAGGGCGACGGCGACUUGCUCCUCCUCCUCGGCAGCCUCGAGGUUCAGUACCGCAGCUUUCGGGACGUCGUCGAGACAGAGCUCGGUCCUGCCGGCGUCGAGAAGGCGCUGCGAUUGAGCGAGAAACGGGGCGCGCUCCACAAGCUUUUCUCAUAG